AUCCGAGUGACGAAGAAGACGACGAUGACGAUGACUUCCUGUCGUCACCCGAGUCAGCCUACGACGACGACGACGGGGAACUCAUGAGUUCAGCAGUUGCCAAUGACGAAGUCACUGCUCAAUUGGCCGCCGCAGGGCCAGUGGGAAUGGCUGCAGCAGCUGCGAUCGCUUCCGCCCGGAAACGGAAACGACCGCAUUACUUCGAGACCAAUCCGUCGAUUCGCAAGCGUCAGCAGACGAGGCUCAUCCGACGUCUAAAACAAACGAUCGACGAGUUCGCGACGAGAGUUGGACAACAAGCAAUUGUGCUAAUGGCGACUCCUGGGAAACCGGCCCAGAACAAUUUCCGUGUAUUCGGAGCAAAACCGCUAGAAGACGUGAUAAAGAAUUUGUCGGGUAUGAUUAUGGCGGACCUGGAGUCGGCGCUGGCGCAACACGCUCCUCCGCCGCCACUGGAAGACCCGAGUCGACACGAGUUGCCGCCGCUCGUCAUCGACGGCAUCCCGACUCCCGUCGAGAAAAUGACUCAAGCGCAGCUGCGAGCCUUCAUCCCACUCAUGCUCAAAUAUAGCACUGGACGUGGGAAGCCCGGAUGGGGCAAGGAGCAAACCAGGCCACCUUGGUGGCCCAAAGAUUUGCCCUGGGCCAAUGUGAGAAUGGAUGCUCGCACUGAAGACCAGAAGCAGAAGGUGUCGUGGACCCACGCCUUGCGACAGAUCGUCAUCAACUGCUACAAGUUCCACGGGCGGGAAGACCUGUUGCCGGCGUUCAGCGAGGAGGACGCGGCGGCAGUGGCGGCUGCUGGCGGCGACCCCGACGACAUCGACACGGCAGCUGGGGCCCGGUGUGGCGCCGACAGCGGCGUCGACGUCGUCGUCACGCCCAAGUCCGUGUCCACGGCGUCCGCGUCCACUUCCAUGCCGUCGCCGGCGAAGCAGAUUAAACUCUCGCCCAGGGGCACCGCCACUGCCGUCGUCACGUCCAGUGUGUCGGAGAUCCCGACGUCGAUGGACGGAGCCACCGUGUCGGCCCUCACAGACGGCCAGCAGUCCAAC